CCAUUUUUGUCAUAAGUUUUCUCCUUGUUAUAUAGUUACAUACUGAAGACUCUCACAUCACAUACCACAAAAACUUAAACUCAUAUUCUGCAUUCUCAAACUCUUUUUUCAUCCAGUUUCUCUCAAUUUUCAUGGCUAUGCAAUCACCUUCCUCAUGCUCUUCAUUUUCCUAUCGAUUCACUUACCAAGUGUUCCUCAGCUUCAGGGGCAGUGACACUCGUAACGGUUUUACUGGUCAUCUCUACAAGGCUCUUACUGACAAAGGAAUCCACACCUUCAUUGAUGACCGUGACCUGCAAAGAGGGGAUGAAAUCAAGCCAUCACUUGACAAUUCCAUUGAAGAGUCUAGGAUCUUCAUUCCUGUGUUUUCUAUCAACUAUGCCUCUUCUUCAUUUUGUUUGGACGAACUUGUCCACAUCAUUCACUGCUACAAGACAAAGGGUCGACUUGUUUUGCCUGUUUUCUAUGGCGUGGAUCCUACUCACAUACGACAUCAAAGUGGGAGUUACGGUGAACAUCUCACUAAGCACGGAAAGAGUUUCCAAAAUAACAAGAAAAACAUGGAGCGGUUGCAUCAAUGGAAGUUAGCUCUGACUGAAGCUGCUAACUUGUCCGGCUACCAUUUUAGUCCUGGAUAUGAAUACAAGUUUAUUGGAAAGAUAGUCAAAUAUGUCUCCAACAAGAUCAGUCGUCAGCCCUUACAUGCUGCCAGUUACCCUGUUGGGUUGCAGUCUCGAGUACAACAAGUGAAAUCGCUUCUUGAUAAAGGAUCUGAUGGUGGAGUCCGCAUGAUAGGACUUUAUGGUAUUGGAGGCAUGGGAAAAUCAACACUUGCAAAAUCAAUUAAUAAUUGUAUUGCUGAUCAAUUUGAAUGCUCAUGUUUUCUUGAAAAUGUGAGAGAAAAUUCAUCUUCAAAUCAAUUGAAACAUCUCCAGGAGGAACUCCUUUUAAAAACACUUUCACUGAAAAUUAAGUUAGGAGGUGUUAGUGAGGGAAUUCCUUAUAUAAAGGAAAGGCUACAUACAAAGAAGAUUCUUUUGAUUCUCGAUGAUGUGGACAAUUUGGAACCACUGCAUGCUUUGGCUGGAGGACGUGAUUGGUUCGGUUGUGGAAGCAGAGUUAUCAUUACCACUCGUAACAAACACUUACUAAGCAAUCAUGAGAUAGAAAUUAUGCAUGAAGUAAAAGGGAUGUCUACGGAAAAUGCUCUUGAAUUGUUGAGGUGGAUGGCUUUUAAAAUUUACAAAGUUCCUUCAAGUUAUGAAGAGAUUUUAAACCGUGCAGUUGCGUAUGCUUCUGGCCUUCCAUUAGCUAUAGAAGUCGUGGGUUCCAACUUGUUUGGAAAGAGUAUUGCAGAAUGUGAAUCUACAUUAGAUAAGUAUGAAAGAAUUCCACAUGAAGAUAUCCAAAAGAUACUUAAAGUAAGUUUUGAUGCUUUGGACGAAGAACAACAAAGUGUCUUUUUGGAUAUUGCUUGUUUGUUCAAAGGAUGUAGAUUGGCAGAAGUCGAAGAGAUACUUCAAAGUCAUUAUGGUUAUUGCAUAAAGAGCCACAUUCGAGGGUUGGUUGAUAAGUCUCUCAUAAAGAGCAACUUUAAUAAAGUGACAUUACAUGACUUGCUAGAGGUCAUGGGUAAAGAAAUCGUCCGGAAAGAAUCACCUAAACAGCGUGAAAAGCGUAGUAGGUUGUGGUGUCGCAAUGACAUAGUUCAUAUUUUACAGGAAAACAAAGGAACAAGUAAAAUUGAGAUGAUAUAUCUGAAUUCUCCCUCAAUGGAUCUGGUAAUAGACUGGAAUGGAAAGGCCUUCAAGAAGAUGACAAAUCUCAAAACACUUAUUAUUGAAAAUGUCUCUUUUUCUAAAGAUCCCAAGUAUCUUCCAUGCAGUUUGAGAGUAUUGAAAUUGAAUGGAUGUUCUUCAGAGUCUCUAUCAUCUAUUAUUUUCUGCAAGAGGUUUGAGGAUAUGAAAGUCUUGACAUUGGACAAUUGUCAAUAUUUAACCCAUAUACCCAAUGUCUCAGGUCUUCCUAAUUUAGAAAAAUUCUCGUUUCAAUUUUGUAGGAAUUUAAUUGCAAUUCACGAUUCGAUUGGGAACCUAAAUAAACUUGAAAUCAUAAAUGCAUGGGGAUGCAGGAAGCUUGAGAGUUUUCCACCCUUAUGGCUGCCCUCUCUUAAGGAAUUGGACGUCUCUUAUUGUAAGAGACUCAAGUGUUUUCCAGAACUAUUAUGUAAGAUGACAAAUACAAAAGAGAUUGGAAUGUGUAUAACUUCCACAAGAGAAUUGCCAUUUUCAUUUCAAAAUCUCCACUUAUCAUUAUUGGCAUGUAAAAUGCUCAGGUUCCCAAAACAUAAUGAGAAAAUGUAUUCUAUAAUGUUUUCAAAUGUGGAAACUCUUCAUCUCGAUGCUUACUAUCUCCCAUAUGAAUGUCUCCAAAUAGUUCUCAAGUCGUGUGUUAAUGUGAAAUUUCUAAGCUUAUCCCGUUGCAAUUUCAAAAUUCUUCCCGAGUACCUUAAUGAAUGUCACCUUAUGAGGACCCUCGUAUUGAAUUUCAACGACCAUCUAGAGGAAAUUAGAGGGUUUCCACCGAAUCUCAAAUAUCUUGAAGCAAUAGGAUGUAAAUCAUUGAGUUCCUCAAGUAGAAGAAUGUUAUUGAGUCAGCAAUUACAUGAGGCUGGGUGCACCAAUAUUUGUUUCCCAAACGGAACAGAGGGGAUUAGGAUUCCAGAUUGGUUCGAGCAUCAAAGCAGGGGUCAAUCAAUUUCUUUCUGGUUCCGUAAAAAGAUCCCUUCUAUAACUUCUAUUAUUAUUCUUCCGGAUGUUCAAUAUAUUUCUUUCAGAUUUAAUUUUUUUGUCAAUGGUUAUGAAUGUACAGUUCCAAAACACGAAUUUAAAUUGCCGUAUUUUUUGGGACAUACAUAUUUGUUUGAUAUGAAUUUGGAAGAAAAUAUUGAACUCUGUAAUAUAGUUCACAUAGCACUUUUAAAAAAUGAAUGGAUCUAUGUGGAGUUUAAGGUUCAGUUUAGUAGGAUGCCUGCGGAUGUGGUUCAAAGGUUAAGAAGUACAGAAAUGGGAAUCCACGUGUUGAAGGAGAAAAACAACACGAAUGAGGAUGUGAUAUUCAUUAAUCCUUAUAGUAGAAAGAGAAAAUUAGAUGAAUAUCUCAAUGCUUCAUUAUCACAAUUUCAUCCUUCGCUGAAAAAGCAUAGAUUUGUGGAAGUGGGAGUUUCAGAGACAGAAAUUUUGCAGCAGCAACAUCUAGCUUUAGUGUCAGGCAUGCGGAACUUGGUGCUUACUGAAACAAUAGAAAAGGAACACCAUGGCUAGAUAUAUUCCUUGGUCCAGGAUGCUUCAGACACAUCAGAAGAAACCAGGUCUGAAGAAAGUAUGGGAAUCCAUCUGUCAGUGCCUCCAGAUGUAUCCCUUCAGUCCCGAACUUCUAAAAGGUGCAGUGGACGUUUGCCACUUUCACGCAGCGUCUAAUAAAUUAUGGCGGAUCCUAGAUGAAUGUUGUUGCAAGAAACCAUCUUUAGUCAUCAUGCGACAAGUCUACAGGUCGCUCGCACUGCAGAAUCCAUUGGUUGUUCGAACGGGAAGUGAGUAUUGAUAUGCUUUGCACCUCAGAAUCUCCAAACUCGCUCGCAUUGGAGAGUUUUGAGAAAUUCAAUCUUAGUAGACAAAUUGGAAUCCACUGUGUUCAAGAAGAAAAGCAGCAUAGAGCAGGAUGUGAUAUUCACCAAUCCUUAUAGAAACAGAAAAUCAGAUGAAUAUCAGAGCUUGUAAGUUUCUGAGACAGAAGUUCUGUUUUCCACAUCUGGCAGAAAAGCUAUUUAUCGAACAAAGAAACGAAAGUAUUCUUGUGUUUCGUCAAAGUUCGGGUUUGUAAUUAAUAGCAAGUCUCUUUUUUAUCCAUCUUGGUAUAGUUUUUUAAAACAAUGUACUAGUCAUGUAUGUAUGAUUAAAUUGCUUUUAAGAAUACAAGAGUAUGUACAUAUUUUCAUAUCGA